UGGAUCAUCAAAGACUACAACAGCAACACCCAGACGAUUUCUCCCGAGAGCAACGCCAAUCUGCAGGCUGCGUGGGGAGACCAGGGCGUAACGGUCCUCCCUGCGGGUGCCUACGUAUGGGUGAUCAAGAGCACUGAUUCUGGAUACACCAUUCAGGACGGCAAGCAGACGGUGUACUGGGGAGUCGCUGACGCCGUUGACAAUGCAAACGUGACGAUCACUGCUGGCACUGGGAAUGAGAAGCAGAGGUGGAUCUUCCACCAGGCUUGAGCAUCUCCCUCAUGCCACGCUUGUGUUGAAAGUCGCAGUCAAGGUUUCGCUCUCAAUGUACCAAUAGUAUGUCCGAGUCUGGAAAUGAUUCCGUAUCUUGUGAAUGACCAUUGGAAUUGCGAUUCACCGUUUCAUGGGCGCAGUCAUAUUCGUUUCGUAGUCGACACUGCCCCUUGAAUUUCGUGCUCGGGCCGUGUGUAUCUGCUGUCCCCAACGUUU